GAGACCUAAUUGAAUAAAAAUUAUUAUCUGCCCACUAAAAUUAAAAAAAUUAAAAUUUGAGACACCAAAUUUGUAAUGAUUACUUAAUAAAAAGCGGGUUGCGAAUAUAAACCGAUCAGAUUGACGGUUCAAACAGGCCUCUGGCGAGUUGGCUCAAAAAUAACGAGAAUCCGUUGCAUGAAUGACGAAACGCACCGUUUUAUUCCAUUCCGGGAGACCCAGAAGGCCCAAACAAAGAUAAAGAGAUAAAGAGCGAGUUCACCCAACACGCGCGCUUAACGAAACGUGAACCACAACAUGCCCUAAAAAUAAGCACGUAUCAUUCACACGCUAUGCAGUUUCAGUUUAAUGAUACAUGUUGAGUAUUAUUCAUAUGCAACAGUAAGGCUACCUUUCCCUCCCAACACAAAAAAAAAAAAAAGUUAAAUAAAAGAAAAAGAAAAUCAGAAUCCUUUGCUUAGCCUUCUUCUUCAGUUUCUGCUUUGAUUUUAUUCUAUCCUUCAAUCUGAAUUUUCGUAGUUCUUACUUAUAUAAAUCUGAAAACCAAACCCAAAUCACCUGCGUUUUGUGUUACCUCCUUUUCAUGUUGGUUGCAGAAAUGGAUGCAGAGUACUUAAAGGAGAUAGAGAAGGCUCGUAGAGACCUUCGCGCACUCAUUUCCAGCAAAAGCUGUGCUCCUAUCAUGCUUCGUCUUGCGUGGCAUGAUGCAGGGACUUAUGAUGCGAAAACGAAGACAGGAGGACCUAAUGGUUCUAUUAGGAAUGAGAUAGAGUACAAGCAUGAAGCUAAUAAUGGUCUUAAAAUUGCCAUUGAUUUAUGCGAGGAUAUCAAGGCUAGACAUCCCAAAAUUUCAUAUGCUGACCUCUAUCAGCUUGCUGGGGUUGUUUCUGUUGAGAUCACAGGAGGUCCGACCAUUGAAUUUGUUCCAGGCAGAAAGGAUUCAACUCAAUCUCCUGAAGAGGGGCGUCUUCCUGACUCCAGAAAAGAUGCUUCUCACUUGAGGGAUGUCUUUUAUCGUAUGGGUCUAUCAGACAAGGAUAUCGUGGCACUCUCUGGUGGUCAUACAUUGGGAAAGGCACAUAGGGAAAGAUCAGGCUUUGAGGGAGCUUGGACAAAGGACCCUCUAAAGUUUGACAACUCCUACUUUAAGAAGCUUUUAGGAGGAGAUUCAGGACUAUUAAAACUCCCCACUGAUAAGGCUUUAGUGGAAGAUCCUAUUUUCCGCCAGUAUGUUGAACGAUAUGCAGGGGACGAGGAUGCAUUCUUUGCAGAUUAUGCAGCCUCCCAUAAGAAAUUAUCAGAGCUGGGAUUCACCCCACCUGCCAGAGGAACAUUAGCUACAAAGUGCUGUACACUAUUUGCACAGGGUGCUGUUGGGGUUGCUUUAGCUGCUGCCUUGGUGGUUCUGGGUUACUACUAUGAAGCUCACAGAAAUUAGCUCCUGCCUAAUUGAAAUCUGAAAUUCUUGCAGUAAACAGCUUCAUUUUCAUUACAUAAAAAAGUGUGAAAUGAGACAGUGGAUUAUUUCCAA